AUGUCAUUAUUACCAGUCAAUCCUAAUAAAGUCGCUAUAAAUCUUCUUAAGAAUACCAAUAUCAAAGAAUUACCGAAUGAUGAGAAAUCUCCAAUCUCAAAAUCAGUUUCAAUUAUAGAUAACACACAACAAGAUACAGAUGAUGAUUCACUUAAAGUCUUAGCUGGAUCUAGUAAAUAUUCCCUUGGUUCAUCAAACAUGGAUGAUGCAUCAACUAGAGGAUCAAUUAAAACUACAGAUGGAAAUAAGAAACCUUUUGGUAAGACAUUUAAAAGAGUUUACAAGAAGAUAUUCAAAAAGCAAUACACAAAAUCAAUUACUCAAUUAGAAACUCAAUCUAUUCCAAAUAAUCCAAUCAAUAUGAAUUCAGAUAUGUCACCUAAGAGAAAUAUCAACUAUCGUGGACAAUUGCCAAAUAUUAAAGGAAAUCCAACAUUUACAGUAUUCAAAAUUAGUAUUUUUGCUGCUUUUAUCAAUACAACUUUGUCACCUUCAUCUCCAUCAUUGAUUGCGAUUAAAUAUUUAGAAGAGUUACAGGAUAGAUUUCUGUUGGAUUAG